AAUGCAGACAUCUGACAAACACAAUCCAAUUUUUCCAGUCAUUCGGAGUCUGGAAUCAUUUAAAGGCAAAGUGAAAAAGAAGGUGGUAUGGCGACAAAUCACAGUGGAACCAGCAUAUGCCUUCACGGACUACCGUGCGCAAGGACAGACGAUGGAAUACCUGUAGUCAGACAUAGGAACAUCACCAAGGGGCACAUUGACACCUUUUAAUGCAUGGGUGACAUUGUCACGUGCAAGAGGAAGAAAAUGCAUAUGGUUGAACCGAGAUUUUAAGGACAAGAGCCGAGUGGGAGCGGAAAAAAGGGAAGAUGAUGACAAAUUUUCAGCGUCGCCAAUUGCGUAAUAUCGGGA